GAAAGCGAAAAUAUGACAAAGUCCUUGAAACAAACGGGAGGCGCAGUUAUAAAAGAUUUAGUACCGUUCGUUAGUCAAUAUACGCUAAAUGCAAUAUGUGAAACUGCUAUGGGUACUUCAUUAGAAAAUCAUGGUGCAGUUCAGGAACAGUAUCGGAAAGCGGUUAUACGCAUGAGUGAAAUUUAUAUUUAUAAAUUAACGUGGCAAUGGCUGUACCCCACGGAUUGGAUAUUCUCGUUAACGUCAAUAGGCAGAGAGCAAACAAAGGUUCUGAAAAUAUUACAUGGAUUUACUGAAAAGAUUAUUGCCGAGAGAAAACUUUAUCAUGAACGCACGAAUGGUCAAUACUUGAAAAACCUUGAUGAGUCAGCAAAAGCAGAUGACGCAGAAGCAAUUGGAACACAGAAAAAGCGGCUUGCGAUGUUAGAUCUUUUAAUAGCGGCAUCUCGUGAAGGUUUGCUGACUGAUUCAGAUAUUAGGGAAGAAGUCGACACUUUUAUGGUUGCGGUAUAUAUUUGUAAUUUCUCUUGACUUUUUAUAUAAUUAUUUGGUAUGUA